AUGCGCUCAUCUGCCCAGUACAUCUCGCUGGCCGGCCUCGUCGCCGCUGGCACCGUUUCUGCAGGCAUUCUCCAUGUCCCCAUCGAGAAGCGAUAUCUCAGCAGUGAUCCCUCUCCCUCAUUACUCCGUCGCGAUGGCAGUAUUAGUCUGGACGCGCUCAACAACAUCACUGGGGGUGGCUAUUAUGCCGACUUCAGCAUUGGCACGCCUCCCCAGAAGCUGAGCUUCCUUCUCGAUACCGGUAGCAGUGAUACCUGGGUCAAUUCAGUCAAGGCAGAUCUCUGCACAGAACCAUCAGUGCAGCAGUCAGUCGGGGAAUUCUGUUACAAACAAUUCAAUCCGUCUCGUAGUUCAUCCUAUAAGUCGAGUACAGAAGACUUCGAUAUCAGUUACCUUGAUGGCCGCAGGAUUCAGGGCACUUACUUCAAGGAUACAGUUACUAUUAACAAUGCGACUGUCAAGAACCAGCAGCUCGGCUUGGCCCUCAUCUCCGUUCGUGGUACAGGCAUCAUGGGUCUGGGCUUCCAGGAGAAUGUCGCGGCCGACGUCAAGUAUCCCACCAUCAUCGACAACAUGGUAUCUCAAAAUGUCAUCCCUGUGCCGGCAUUCAGUCUCUACCUCAACGACCUGCAAACCAGCCAGGGUGCCAUUCUCUUUGGUGGUGUCGAUACCGACAAGUUCCACGACGGCCUCGCCACUCUCCCUCUUCAGCCCCUGCCCGCGAGUAUUGCCAAGACUCAGGACAUCGUCAUGUACAAUGUUCAGCUGAAUGGGUUCAAAGCUUCCGCCGUCGAUACCCCUGCCGUCAAUGGCAGUGCAAUUCUGGAUUCUGGCUCAACAAUCAGUCUCCUUCCAGAUGCUGUUGUGCAGGCCAUCUGGAAGAAGUACGGCGUCCUCAACAUCCGAGGAGUCCCCAUCCCUUUUGUUGAUUGCGGCAAGGCAAACUCUAAGGAUACCUUUAGCUUCCAGUUCACCAACAAGACGAUCAAGGUGCCCAUUGAUGAAAUGGUUAUCAACAAUCUCGCCUCGGUACAAGACGACAUCCAGUCGGAUCCCACUUUGUCCAAUUUGUUCAAGGGAUGGAGCGGAGUUUGCACGUUUGGCAUGAGCUCAACGACAGGUUACGGCAUCACAAGCGACCAAUUCAUCUUGCUCGGCGACACCUUCUUGCGAUCUGCAUAUGUCGUCUACGACUUGCAGAACAAGCAGAUUGGCAUUGCCCAGGCUACUCUCAACUCGACAGCCAGCAACAUUGUCCCGUUCCAGGAAGGCUCAAAGUCAAUUCCUGGCCCUGUUUCUACAGGCGCUGAUGAUUCAGGUAAUUCACCUACCCCUAGUUCCACCGAACCAGGUAGUUCCGGAGACUCUGGAGAUUCUUCCAGUUCUGCGAAGCCUGGAAGCCCUACUGAAUCUAGCAAUUCUGACAAUUCAAAAGACUCUGCCGGCUCUGCCUUUUCGAUUACUCUGGCAGGUACCGCUGUCAUGGCUCUCUCCAUGAUUAUGAGUGCUCUAUAG